AUGGCGCUUCUCCUCGCAGCAACGUGCCUACUACAGCUAGUCACAGCCCAACAGAUUGGCAAAAUCCCAGAAAUCCAUCCAAAGCUUCAAACAUGGAAAUGCAGCACACUCGCCGGCUGCGUGCCACACGACACAUCAAUCGUUAUUGACGCGCUUUCACAUCCCCUACACGAAGUUGGAAACAGCAGCGUGUCAUGCGGAAACUGGGAUACAGGAUUAAAUCCCUCGCUAUGCGCAACUGAGGAAUCCUGCGCUGAGAACUGCGUUCUUGAAGGUACGGACUAUGCCUCACAUGGAGUGCAGACGAGAGGCGAUAGUCUUGUUAUGCAUCAGUACCUGACAAUCAACGGAACGACGUCGGUCGUGACGCCGCGUGUGUACCUUCUCGAUGAGAGCGGGAAGAACUAUGAUAUGCUUCGUAUGCUGAAUCAAGAGAUCAGCUUUGAUGUUGAUGUCUCAUCGCUUGUUUGUGGUAUGAACGGGGCGCUUUAUUUAGCUGAGAUGGAAGAGUCAGGUGGACGGGGUGUUUUGAAUCCUGCUGGUGCGCAAUAUGGUACUGGAUAUUGCGAUGCACAGUGCUCGGUUGAUCCGUGGAUUAAUGGGGUUGCGAAUGUUGAUGGAGCUGGAGCUUGUUGUAACGAGAUGGAUCUUUGGGAAGCUAAUGCGCUUUCUACGGCGUUGACGCCGCAUGCGUGCAAUAUUAGCGGGGUUUAUUCAUGUGAGGGGGAUUUGUGUGGAAGUGACGGCGUUUGUGAUAAGUCGGGUUGCGGGUUCAACCCUUAUGCGCUUGGAGAUCAUGAUUACUAUGGGUAUAAGGAGGUGGUGGAUACGUCGAAGCGGUUUACGGUCGUGACGCAGUUUGUGACGGAUGAUCAGACCGCGUCGGGUUCUUUGACUGAGAUUCGACGGUUGUAUGUUCAGAAUAACAGGGUUAUUCAGAAUGCUGUUGUCAAUGUGACUGGAACGGAGGUUGACUCUUUGACGAACGAGUAUUGUGAGUCGGCGAGUUACUUCGAGGAGAUGGGUGGGCUUAAGCAGAUUGGCAAAGCGCUUGGACGUGGAAUGGUUUUGAUCUUCGCUAUUUGGAAUGACUCGGGGGCUUACAUGAACUGGCUGGAUAGUGAAGGUUCUGGUCCUUGUAAUACAACGGAAGGGAAUCCUGCCCUCAUCGAGGCUGAACAUCCAGGUACUUCUGUGACGUUUGCAAAUAUUAGAUGGGGAGAUAUUGGGUCGACUUAUGGUCACGAGCAAUGA